AUGGCAGGCCGGGCAGGACGGGGAGGAAGAGGAGGAGGAGGCGGCAGUAACGAGCGAAGCGCGGGAAAAACGGAGCUGAGCGGUUUGGCCCUUCCCGAGCCAGGAGCUGGGGGAGUUCUUGACCGUGCUGAAGGGUUUUGUAGGAAAAUCCGCGGCGUCGGUGUUCCUCAGCGUUACUGCUGUCGUGACGCUGCGGUCCUCGCGGAAAGCAGGGGAAGAUCCCCACUGCUGUCGAACAUGCUUGAAGAACUAUUAAUUCAUAAGCCAGAUGAUCCCAUUCAGUAUAUGAUAAACCAUUUAAAGCAAAACAACGAUGAUGCUCCAAGAAUUUGUGUACUUGGCCCACCUGCCUCUGGGAAAACCACAGUUGCAAUGUGGCUUUGUAAACAUUUGGAUGCCAUACGUAUCUCUCAGGAGACUUUGUUAUGCAAGGAAAUAUUAACGCUGACAAAGGAAGCGAAGGCAUAUAAAGAAAGAAAACAGAAAAUUCCCAACGCGCUUUGGGCCAAUCUGAUCCAGGAACGUCUGUCAAACGUGGACUGCAUCAAACAAGGAUGGAUUUUGGAAGGCUUCCCUGAAAAUCAGGAACAGGCAUGGAUUCUGCAAUCAUCUGGCAUCAUUCCUAGGCAUGUUGUUGUGCUUUAUGCUCCAGACACUGUGCUGAUUGAGAGGAACAGUGGGAAAAGGCUCGAUCCCUUCACAGAAGAGGUGUACCAUACGACCUUUGACUGGCCAAGUGAUCCGCUGGUACAGCAACGUUUGGUGAAACCAGAAGAUCUCUCUGAACAGGAGAUGUCAAAGAAACUGCUGGAAUAUCACAGAAACUUCCCUGCAAUUUUCCAGAUCUACCAAAAAGUUUUGAAAUCAAUCAAUGCAGACCAACCUUCCAUGGAUGUCCUCUCACAGGUUCUUACCUAUGUCCAAACACGGCACCGAUCAGCCGCCCCCUUUACACCACGGAUUCUCUUUUGUGGACCCCCAGGCAGUGGGAAGAGCCUGCAGGCAGCACUAAUAGCUCAGAAAUACAGUGUUGUCAACAUUUGCUGUGGGCAACUGCUAAAGGAAGCUAUUGCAGACAAGACGAAACUUGGAGAACUCGUUAAGCCUUAUAUUGACAAUGGAUACCCAG